GAAAUAGAAAAAAGUUGUGGCAUAUAAACAUAACAUAUUUUAGCAUAAAACAUUUAAUCAGAACAAUCAGAGUUAAUUUUAUAAUUGCCUUUCAAUAAAAAAAACAAUUCCAAAACCUUUCAAUUAAAAAACAAAACUGAUCGCCAACUGCUGCGUGAACUCCCACGAAAAUUUGUAAUACCGAGCAUCCCCUAAACUCAACGAAGUGUUCGAGCUCCUCACUCACAUCUACCAAACAACCCUCGCUUCGCACACAACCACACAAACAGCGAAUUCGCAAACUCAAGCUUAAUCAAUUAACUUCAAUUGAAAUGAUUCCAGUCCAUCUAAUCAUUAAUAUUUAUUGCAAAAUCAAACGUCCAAUAAUCUGUGCAUUACAUUCACUCAAUUAAAAACGGACUCUACAACGAUCGCUGCUCAAAGUUUAAACGACGUCAAUGACGAGCAUUUUCCCAGCUACCAGUUUGAAAAUUUCUCAUUGCCGUCCUUGCCCAGCCAUAGAAGAAAACGUGAAGACAUGCCGCCCUCUGCGUUCUUAGUUGGUUCAACCAUUUUGACUACAGCCAAAUCAGUGACGAGUAGCAGCAACAGCAACAGCAAGAGCAGCAAUAAUAAUUGUCAAACGGUGCAAAAUUACAAUAUGGUGCUGCAAAGUUAUGAAAAUUAUACCUCUUACCACUUACCUGCGCAUCAUCAACAUGCGUCGCAUGUGUUGUCGCAACAUUUGCCGUUGCCGCAACCGCAACCGCAUCAGCAUCAUCAGCAGCAGCAGCAACAGCAGCAACAGCAUCAUCAUAAUCAGCACCACCAACAACAGCAGCAGCAAUCGCAUCAGUACCAGCAGCAAUCGCCGCAGCAUCAACAACAACAACAUCUGCAGCAGCAGCAGCAGCAGCAAAGCUUGCAAUCGCUGGCACAGCAAACACAGCAUCACCGUUUGUCUGGUGGCAGUACUGGCAGUGCCUCUGUUAGUUCCUCCUCUUCGUCCAGCGCCUCGACGACAGCCGCUGGCCUUGGCGGUAGUACCUCGGGUUUAAGCACCGGCGCCCCCUCGGUAGUUGAUUCACCAAAUCCUACCGCCUCUUCGCUCGGCAUUGGCUAUUUCAAUGACAUGGCCACCAAUUUUGUUGGUGACUAUGCGCCAUCACAUCAUCCAACCGCGAAUUCAUAUUACACUGACAUCGAUGCGAAUUUCUUUAGUCAAGGCUACAGCAGUAAUCAGCACGAGCACAGCAACAACAGCCCGCCCCCGCAAACGCAACAGCAGACGCAAAAUGGAAACAACAAUGCAUCGCUGCUCUCACAUGCGCAACAGCAACAACAACAACAAUCCCAGCAGUCCAAUAAUCCCGCCGCCAACAAUAAUGCGUCAGCCGUCAACGCCAACCAGACGGGCGGUCAGACACCCAGCCACAACAACAACAACAGUGCCAAUUUGAAUUACAUGCAAAUGGCGAUGCGAAACUCCGCUGCCAACGCAGCACUCUACACCCAGCAUCAGAUGAAAGAGGAGCCUGGCACACAAAAUGCAUCCUCCUAUUCGAGCCUCGGCAGCGGCAAUAGCAAUGGUCAAACCGAUCCCGCUGAUCUUUCUGUUUCAUCCGUUUAUGGUUUGCCUGCUCAUCUGGCCGGAGCUGCUGCUGCGGCAGCUGCGGCUGCUGCAUCGGGUGUGCAUUACGAUGACAACGACUAUCAUAGCACGAUUUCAUCGCAAGAACACCAGAGCUAUCAGGAUGGUGGUGCCGAUUUUUAUGGCAUUACAACGGCGACUAAUGAACAGAAGUACAAUGCCUACGGACGGUCACCAUUUCCCGAUGCAUAUGGCUCCGAUUAUGGGCCUUACGAUCCGUCACGAUUUCCAACGAUGAGCGGGCAAUCGCCAAUCGAUCAGUGGGGCGUACAUCAUGCAGGGCAACAUUCGGCGACGUAUAUGAAUACGAUGAGUUUGGAAAAGGCACUGAUGGGCGCGUAUCCCAUGCAAGGCGGAGUGCCGUGCUUUACGGGCUCUGGGCCCAUACAACUGUGGCAAUUUCUAUUGGAACUGCUAAUGGACAAGACGUGUCAAGGCUUCAUUUCGUGGACUGGUGAUGGCUGGGAGUUCAAGCUGACCGAUCCUGAUGAGGUUGCGCGUCGCUGGGGCAUUCGCAAGAAUAAGCCAAAAAUGAACUAUGAAAAGCUCAGCAGAGGCCUGCGUUAUUAUUACGACAAAAACAUUAUCCACAAGACGGCUGGCAAGCGCUACGUUUAUAAAUUUGUUUGUGAUCUACAGAACCUAAUCGGCUAUACACCGGAAGAAUUGUGUGCUAAAUAUGACCUCAAGACGGACAAGAAAGAUGACGAUUAAAGCAUUGUUUGAGGGCAGUCCGCCAAGGCAAACAAUAAAAUUAGCUAUGACUGCAGCAACGAGCCCCCAAGCCACCCACACAACUCAAGGCGCGCUUUCAGCAAGAAUGCGAACUUUAUGAAUGCCAAAAGGUGUGAGAUCAUCAUUCUACUCCUGUGCAGUUCAAAUCGCCAAUGUGGCUGGCUCCAGUGCUGUGCAAGAGGUGAGGUGCGGUGCGAUGCGAUGCGGUGCAUUCAUGUAAAUGUGGAUUCUUCCAAAUGUGCUUAAUUUCAAAAGUACAUAAAUACUUUACAUAUAAACGCAUAUAUACACACACACACACAUAUGCAAUUAUAUUUAAAAAUACUUAUAUUAUACAGUUAAAGAUGCCUUUUUUACAAACAUUUCGCUAUUUUCUGUGCUUACUCAUGCCUAAGUUUUAAGUCAUCUAAUAUGAUUUAAGUUAAUUCAUUUGGGGAGAUUGCAUACUUACACAUGUACAUACACAGCAUACAUGCACGUACGGCUGUGUGUACAUGUACGAACAGUGCGAUUUGAAAUGCAAUGGAAGCGCGCACAAAGCGACAGUAGAAAAAUUAUGCUGACGUGAAAACAUAAAAAUCGUGAUCAUAAUUUUAAGUUUGCACAACAGUUUUAUGUUAUAGCGCAAAAUAAAAUAUAUUUUAAAUAUAUAAAAUAUUUUAAAUAUUUACAAAACAACGCAGAUAACAUUUCAAUAUUACUUUUAAACUAAAAAUAUGAAUAACAAUGUUGUAAAAAUGUAAUAAAAUUUAAGUUAGAGAGUAAAAGUAAAGUAGAAAGUAAACCAGAAAAUAUUGAUAAAAUAAAAACUUCUGUAUAGUGCCUAGAAAGUUUGUAAAGCGCAGUGUUUCAUAAGUGUUA